UGGUGUGUCUACUACGUACACUGAGGAGGAGGAAGCAGCACGCUAACAAGUUCUCACAAAAUCACCGGCAACGCUCCGAGAAGGUCGAUUGAGAUCGCUUACAUUCGUGGCUUGGGGAGGCGUAGAGACACGCGUAAGCGUACAAUCACCACGUACUGAUCUUCCCACGACUCCACGGGAGAUCCAGCGGCAGGCGAAGGAGGAGGCGUGCAGUUCACUCGCUCAAGCAGACCACUUGCAGUUGUUCAAUGCGGUAGUGGCGGGGACGUAUAUCGGAAUGUAAGCAUAAAAGGAUUGGAACUUGGAUCACUGGCAGUAUAUAUGAUUGCGACUCGGGAUGACUUGCCAGAUAAUGACUAUGGAUAACUCACUGAUAGUCCGCAAGGAGAAUCGAUGCGAGUUGCGUAAGCACUGAAACCAAAUAACAACAACCAACGGCUCUUCAGUUGGUUAUGAGAGCAGCGAGGUUACACAACCUCCGAGUUCAAUCCAUGUGCCCCGUGGCUUUCCGGACUAUUGUUGCGGCGUUGUGACUGGAGUUGGGGCACGAUGGACCCCGGGAUGACUGCGAUGGACGCAGUGGCGACGAACCGCACCACUCCGUCGCAUAGACAUUGGUAUGAGGCCUACGAAACUGCGGACCUGGCCACACGGGAGAGAGUGACAACGCAAGUGGCCGCUAUAAGAAACAGAUAUGGAUUCUCAGAAGAUCAAAUUGCUGCCUUCCAAGAAGCAUUCAGUGUGUUCGAUAAAGAUGGUGAUGGAUUUAUAACGGUGGAUGAGCUAGGAACUGUGAUGUUAUCUCUUGGGCAGAGACCCUCUUUAGAGGACCUACAUGCCUAUAUACAAGAGGUCGAUAUGGACGACAGCGGUACGAUAGACUUCAGCGAGUUUUUGGAGAUGAUGGCCAAAAAGAUCCAUACCGACCCGGAGAAAGAAUUUAGGGACGUUUUCCGAGUUUUUGACGAGGACGCCGAUGGUUUUAUAUCCGUGGAUGAACUUUAUAACGUCCUUAUCAAGUUAGGGGAAACAAUAACCAGGGAAGACGCCUUAGAUAUGAUUCGAGAGGCAGAUCUCAAUGGUGAUGGCAAAGUGGACUAUGCAGAAUUCAAGGGAAUAUUAACAGCCAAGUAGCAAAGAUCCGGUCUUUCCAUUGACAUGCCAGAGCCUUGCAUCGCCAAACCUAUAUUAUGCAGUUUCUAAGUUAAAUUGACGACCAGUCUGGGAUGACCUUCAUCACCAUGGCGAAACCUAAUGCAUAAGAUUAUCCGAUAAAAUCGAAUAAUUUAUGUCAUCAUUGCCAACAAUGAUCAUAUAUCCACUAACUUUGUGUUUUCUAAAAUUGGAAAUCUGCGAUUCGGGCGAAGCACCAUGUUGAACAUGAUAAUCAUUGUCACGUUCGAAGCGACAAGGGGCACUUUCCGAAUGCUUUAGUGGAGACGAAACAUUAGAUAUCAAUUAUAAAGUAACAGCAUUAUAUUGUACUUUCUAUCAAAAUGUCUCUCUGUGUAUUCAUAAAGGGUGAUUCUUAACAAUUAAGGAGCAAAAUAUUUAAGCUUGCCAAAGCUUCUAAAGCAAAUAUGAUCGAACAUGCUAAAGAGCAUCAAUGUUUAAAGCUAUUUUGUAGAAACAAAAUGUCUGCCAGCUUUCAAAUGUAUCCGAAGUAAUAUGUCCUCGAAAUGAGUUUUGAAAAGACGGAAUUUCUUCAUGCUUAGCAUGUGGUAGGAUGUAACAGUCAUUGACAGUUGCCCUACAAAACAUGACUAACUCGAAUGGCCCUCUAAAAUAUUAGGUUUAUUUUCAUAACACCCAUGGAUAAAAUCAUUUUAAAACUAGAAUUUCUGACAAAAUGCAAAGCUCUGUUGACAUUCUAUAGUGAACUUGAAACUAUUCAAGGAAGUAUUAAAUAUUUCGAGUCAUAUAUAACUUUAUUUUCAAAAUACAGGAGGAUCAUUAUGCAAUGAGUGUUUCUUAUGGGUAUUCAUAUUUUGUAUUUGUGCCUUGUACAUAAUUGCAUUUCUCAUGACGUGUCUGGGAAUUUGGCAUCAGGAAUUUUGUCAAUGUCAUUUUGUCAUCAUGGUGAUCUGUUUAUCCUAUAAUACUUAGUAUAGGUUCGGGUGGCUCAUUAUAAACAGGAAAAAGUUCCUGUUAGAGAAUCUACACAGGAUGAUAAUCAUCAUCACUUUAUAUGACGGCCCAUCGGAGAUUCUGUGACGGAUCGCGAGUGAGGUCUUCUUCGCUCCGCCUAAAACAAAUAGCAGAAAUCUUCAAACCUUUCCAUUACAUUAAAACUUACGGUGUCUUCAAAUUCAUCUUGCAAGGAUAUUAAUUCAAACUAUAUAAUAAUUCAGUGUAAAUUACUGCAAGAAUACGGUACUGGAUUAAAAGCAAAGGUAAAAAAUCUGACAUUUUGGAAAGGCAAACAGUUUCUGAUAUCCAUCUUUUCUAUUUACAGCCAGUGCGAGGGUGAUGGGCUGGGCGCUUUAGUUAUUUAGUAUACAUAAUGUAUAUAUGUGUGUACAAUGUAGAAUAAGACGAAUAAUUAGUGUAGUGCACCUCAAAAUUCGGCUCUGCCAAUAGAGCUUGACUUUGCCACUCUGUGUUAGUGAAGAGACGAUCUUUCUGUUUGAGGAAUGAAGGUUUUUUUCACUGAUUUUCUUCUACAGAAACCUGCCAUGAAAGACCAUGAGAUAUAAUGGCCCCCUCGAUCAUAAAUUGGUUUGGGUCAAUAUUGCUAUAAGUUCUCGGGUGUAACGGGUAUACUUUGGCUCAAUGUAUAGUCACGUCUUUAAUUAUCUUAGAUCUAAUCAAAAGCGGUGAAAUACUGACAAAAAUGACCCCAAACCAAAUCUUAGGACAUGUAAUCGUUCGUUUAGUUCUAUUGGCAAAAAUCAAUUAAGAAAAUGGACCCUGGAUCGAUCCGUAUCAGAAACAUAGAAAAUAAUGGUUUUUUACUCAGAAUAAUAGAGGGCAGACUACAAAUAAAGAAAAUCGAUGUCUUCAUUAUACAAAUAGUGGAUGUUUGGGAGUCCGAUAUGGAAUUUUGAUGGACGAAGAAAUGUCAUGGCGGACGAGGCUUUGCGAGUCCGCCAUGACAUUUCUGAGUCCAGCAAAAUUCCAUAUUGGACGACCUUAAACAUCCACUAUUUGCUAUAUUAUGCAACCAAAUGUCUUGGCAAAGAAAUCAAUCCAAAGGAAAAUAAUGAAACAAUUUGUUUUUAAUGAAAUAUACAAAAUGUAAACAGCACUGAAGUGGCAGCCAUCUUGCUUUUGAAUUGAUGGCAAAUUUGUUUCUUAAACGUAACUACCGACGACCAUCCAAGAUCAUUUGUAAACUUCAUUUUGAUUGGAUUAAAACCCUUUAGGAUCCGUUACGACAUUUUUUUGGAUCCGUUAUUGCUUUUUUGGAUCCGAUACGAUGUGAUGACUUGAAAUCACAUGAUGUGAAUCGAGUUACGCUAUUGGCCAAGAACAUUUGGUAGCAUAAUAUUUGUAAAUAUUGGCUGCGUAAUUCAAUAGUUUUUUUCAAUUAUGUCGUAGGGUGUGAUACCAACUCCGUAGAAAUAUGUGUCUCCAGGAAAAAUACCUUCAGGUUUUUUUGUAAGACGGCCUGGUCAUUUGGGAACCCGAUUUCACCAUAAAAAAAUGUCGCCAUAUUUUAGAGAUCAAUAACGAAAGAGCGGAAGAACGUCUGUAACAAGUUAGUGAGUUCACUGUGGUUGAGACAUGGGAACUCCUGAGUUUCAUCCUGUAACAUCACCAAAGAAGGUCACUGCACCAGUUUGAAAGUUCACCUAUAUCAUCAAGACCAGCCAGGUGACCGUAAUUAUGUUUUAGAGCAGCUUGGGGAAGAAUUUCUGGCUAGUCCAUCCGCUCCUUUAUAUGUUGACUGUAACAGCAACGCAACCUUUCGAUUCCGCUCUUUCGAUCUAAUCGGCGUAUAUCUCUAAUUGACCAUGGCUGUGUAAUCAAGGCUGGAAGGGUUAAUGUAAUCAGAAUAAAGACUCUGGUGUAAUGCAAUGUCACUUUUAUGCAAAUUAUAAUUUAUCCCAUUUUGACGAAGUGAUGCAUAUUUAUGUCAACUUUCCCGAUUCGUUUUUAAUAUGUUGAAUGUUCAAGUAAAUGUUAAACCUCUUGUUAUUGAUAAGAA